AUGGGAUGCACUAUCUACGCAGCCAGCCCUAAGGCCCUGCCUGCCGACGAGGCCCCAGGCCAGGACAGAUACUACCAGCUCCCCCACUACCGCCACCCUCAUGGUAACUGCAGUCAGAGGAUAGCAGCCAGCAGAGCCAGGGCCAGGAGCAUGACUGAGCAGCAGGAGCAGAGCGAAGAAACAGGCCUGCUCUCAACACAGGACCAGGACCCCUCCAAAGACGACGACGCGCACGGCCACUUCAGAUUUCAGCUGAUUGAAGACCUAUCCUAUGAAGAUGUGAAGAAAUGUUAUCGGGGCUCGACUGUCAGCAAGUACAACUCGCAGUACCACAAACUGUUCCAGUGCGUGCCCAAGGAUGAGAUCCUCAUGAAAGUGUACUCCUGUGCUCUACUCAGAGAUAUUCUUCUACAAGGCCGGCUCUACAUUUCCAGAAACUGGCUGUGUUUCUAUGCCAACCUCUUCGGCAAGGACAUUAAGGUGGCCAUUCCUGUCGUUUCUGUGAGGCUGGUGAAAAAGCACAAAACAGCGGGACUUGUGCCUAAUGGCUUGGCUAUCACCACAGACACCGGCCAGAAGUAUGUAUUCGUAUCUCUGCUAUCAAGAGACAGCGUAUACGACGUCCUCCGGAGGAUCUGCACACACCUGCAGGUCAAUGGGAAGAGUCUGAGCUUGAAGCAGUUCAUGGAGGAGCCGACCUUAUCGCUGGACGAGUUCCCGGCUCCAGACGAGUUCCCGGUGGUCGACGAAUUCCCAUCAGUGUUAAAGUGGAGAAGGAAACCCUCAGUGGUGUCCGUGUCCUCUUCCCUUCCUGACCUCCUGGGCAACUCCACCAGCAGCCUGAGCCCCGCAGACACGCCCUUCAAAUCAGAGCAGUUACUGGAAGAGCGAGCACUGCAAACAGACAGAGGUCUUUUAUCAGAGCCAGUGGCAGAGCUCGGCCAGAUGGAGUACCAGCUGCUCAAGUUCUUCACCCUGCUUAUUAUUCUCCUCAUCCUGUCAUCGUGCUACUUGGCCUUUCGUGUGUGCAGUCUGGAGCAGCAGCUGUCCUUCCUCAGUAACCCAAAUCUACCCCUGAGAGAGAGGUAACCAUUGCUCUCCGCUGUGACCCAUCGGAUCGGCUGCUGUUUGCUCUUCUCGUGCUUUGCGUUGACGUCCUGCACAGAUCCAGGACCAGCUUCAGAGCCCGAAAAAGAUCGGCCCCGGAGCAGCCACGAAACAUGAAGGAGCAACAUCAGCCCAAGUCCAGGCAUCUUACGGACCUUCUCUCCUCGGAAAGAGUCCCUGUUAGUGAUCACUUCCAGACUAUGCAAACAGACUGUAUUUAUUUCUGAGUUUAAAGUAGGAUUUGCUGUAGAUUCUGACUGUCCACCACGGCCUGUCCCUCUCAUAGACAUUUCACUUAACCCCAUGACUCUGCAGUGUAAAGCUCUUUACUCUAAAACGUUCGUGAGCACUGAUGAAGUUUAGGGUGAUGGAGACGAGAGGCGAGGUCGGUGUUGGAGGUUGGAAAGGUAAGAGAUAACUCAAUACAUGAAUUACUUGAAAAGACUGAUAGUUAAGGUAUUUCAGGUGAGUUUCCAGGACUCUUUUUAUCCAUAUCUGACAUAUUCUGACCGACAAGUGGUCUAAACCAAAUGUUUCCUGGUGGGAUCGUACCCUAGUCCUCAGUAGGAGGGCUAAAACUAGCCACGACGAUGCACUUUUUAAAAUUUGUCCACGUUAUUUCAAAUAUAUGUAACUGUUCUAAGAGUUUAGAUCUAUUUUUUGCUUGACGAUAGGUACUCAGUUUUCAUUGCUGAAGGUAUUUAUGGAAGGAAGUACUGUUAUGACCACAGACACUUGACUGAAUGAAGUUACCCGUCAUUUAACUGUAAUAGCCUGGAGCAAUAACAUCACUAGUGGGUGUUAGCUGUAAUGUGAAUGACAUGGUUAGAUGACAUGCAUUAUUUUUGUUUUCCGUAGGACUAAUCUGCUGUGUGAAAGGAACACCCAGGGUGUUUUCUUUUCAGCUUUUAAAUGAAGUCACCAAAGGCUUCAAAAUGACCCACUGAUGUUCUGAGUCUUCAUGUCAUCAUAUCUUUGAAGAUGUUUUGCUAACUUGGCAGACGGGUGAGCUGUAGCCCUGGACUACUUUGUGAAAUCCCUAUGAAUUAAAUUGGCAACAAAAUGUAGAGCAAAGAAAGUUUGCGGCUUUUAAUUUAUUUUUCGGUCAUUUUGGGUGCCAAAACUUUACGAUCCAAUGUUCCGUGCUGUCGUUUCGGCUUGAUGCAGGACCACCAUGAAAAGCCUUGACUCCCAACAGCACAGCAAAUUUUAGUAACCUCUAGAUCCCGGGCUAAAUUAUAAAACUGGAACACGAUGUUGGCAGCAGCACUUAAUGCCUAAUACAUUACAUACGGAGCGUUGGCUGCACACCAGUGGGACUCAUUUUCUUCCACCUGUUUCAGUUUAAAUGUACUAACUUGUCACUGUUUUUCAUGGGUUUAAAAAUGUGUAUUUUCUUAAAUGUCAAAUGUUCAGAAGCAACAAAAAACAACCCUGACUUUAGUCAAGGAAUACAUGAAUAUAAAUACAUGUUUGACUUUAUCUGAUUGGGUUUGAAAACUCAAGAAGCUGAAGAGUUUUGUAAACCUACAGAGAAAACACGUGACACCGAAACUAAUGUGAAGGGAGCUAUGGCAAUGAUAGUCUCUUAUAUGUCAUGACAUGCACUACUUAUACUAACAAACUGAGUAAAUGGUGUAUCUGAGUAAGAUUGUGGUAAUUUGAAUAGUGUCAAAUAAAAAAAGUACUCAGGACAGAAGUCUGAGGAUUCACCUGACAUAUGGAAUUUAAGUUCCACUGUUUCCACACUACAGUAUGUACAUCACCACGCUGCUGUGCUAUUCAGAAGAGCAAAACUUACAGUACACAAGCAAAUACUAAGUGCAGAACAAUUCUUAAAUGCUUGAUAUACAGUCGCCCCUUUAAUUUACUGUUAACAAACUGCAAGCUUGAAAUGAGUUUACCUUCGUCCACACUGAAAGGUUACUCUGGACCAGCUCGUUCCAGCUCUUCACUGAAGCUGCGUGAGCCCCAAUUUUUUAUGGCUGUGUCACUUCAUCAAUGGUAGAUAAAGACCUCGUACGGAUGAUUUCAUACAGAUUUACCACCAAAUUAGCCUGAAAUGUUUGGAUCUUUAUGAUUUAAAAUAAAGUUAUGUUGAAAGAAGGUUAGAAGGAAAUCAUGAUUUGUUGCACGGUCCUGUGUAAGUAGUAUGUUGUGGAUAGGUGUGUGUGUGUGUGGCAAUAUGCUGUAAAAUCUAAACUUUCCUUUCAACAUUAUAAGACCCAAUUGAAAAUGGUGUAACU